AUGGGUUCUACCUUCUCCAACGUGCUUCGAUCUUUGCAGGAUCAACUCGCCCCUUCCGGUGCACCUGCCCAGAACCAGUAUCCGCACAGCAGCACCUCCUCUCCAGCAGCCGGUUAUGUUCCACCUCAGAACUUUCAAGCUCCACGAUCGAACAGUUCUCUUGGUCCGCUCCAGGGGCCGGCGUACGGAGCUUCUCCUGCCCAGAACCAGUAUGGGAUCAGCAACACUUCCUCUCCAGCACCCGGUUGUGUUCCACCUCAGAACUUUCAAGCUUCCCAGCCGAACAGUUUUCUCGAUGCCCUCCAGGCGCCUGUGUACGGAGCCUCUCCUGCUCAGACGGGGUAUCCACCUUAUCAGUAUCCGAAUCCGUCUUCAGCCAGCCAAUUUCUCCAACCAUUAAUACAACCUGCUGCUUCCUGGACCUCGCCGUGGCUCCAAUACCCGCUUCGACCUGUAUCUGGGCCCCCAGUGAAGCCAAUCUCGCCAAAACUAAACCCUCCUCAACCGCAUAUUCCAGAGAGGCCAUCGAGCAGUAAUCGAGGAUGCGUGACUGACCCGCUGAUAGAAGGUUUUAAUAAGCUGGCCGUUAACUUGCAGCCCUCAGGCUACGCAAGAGGCAAAAAUGGCCACGAUGCCGAUGCCGAGCCACGGUAUCAUUCUUUCCGCCUUACACGGCUGCCGCCCGCAGGUGACUCUUUCCGGCUCAUCGAGUUCGGUCCAGUUCCGACACCGCAGAGCCCGAUAUCAUGUAAAUUGCACACAGUCAGUCUACGGAACCACCCAGAGUACAUUGCUCUGUCAUAUCCGGUCAGUGUAAGCAAGAUCUCGGGACGUUUCCGCCGGCUGGAGCAGGUCGCAUGCGAUGACGGCUAUAUCGAACUUCAUGGUGGCAUGCUAGACAUUCUACAUUCGGUGCUCAAUCGAUACGACCCCAUGUACAUGUGGAUUGACUGCUGCUGCAUGUCGCAACAUGACCCUGACGAGAAAGCCGAACAGAUAGCGAUGAUGAAGCACAUCUAUCGGAAAGCGAAGGAGACAGUCAUUUGGCUGGAAGAGCCUUCCGACAACGCCCUUCUGGUCCGUCAGGCCUUCGAAACCCUCAAAAUCGGGUACACGCAUUUCAACAACAUCCAGACCCGACAAGCGUUCGCAAGCAAGUGGGCAUCGACGUUCGCAUUUGUCAACACUUUUGCCUUGAAUCAACUACUCCAAAAGGUCUACUUCUCACGCAACUGGAUGUUGCAAGAAGCUGCUCUCUCUUCGCAAGCUGUCAUCCACUGCUGCACAUAUCGCAUCAAAUGGGCCGACUUUUGCGAGCAACUGGCCUGCCUGAUGCGGAUAGGUUACAUCGAAAUGGUGAUGAUCAGCUACGCCUCGGCCCUGACUGCGAGCGAGGUUUUGCUCUGGUUAGGGAGACACAAAGCGUUCGUCACUCUGUGGCAAGAACUGGAGAAGCAGAGACGACAGCGAGUCGCACCAACGGAACCUCUUCCCCUCAAGCUGAAGCAAUUGAUGCGUCUUACACGAGGUAUGAAUGCUUCCGAUCUCCGAGAUCGAGUCUACGCCCUGCUGGGGCUCUGUUCUGAUGGUGGCGCGAUCCGAGUCGACGCCAGACCGCAAUAUACUGUGGCGAUGCUAUACCACCAAUUAGCCCUGUACUUCACCAAGUCGCAGUCUUCGCGCUGUGACUGCGACGGUUCCGCUUGUCCAGACAACGAACUGAGUUUCAUUGGUGAUGCAGGGACUCGCAGCUGGACCCACGGAUUUUUCAGGGCCUUUGAAGAAAGGCACAGGGCCAGUCUCGAUGCCCUUCCCUCAUGGGUGCCCGUAUGGGAGUAUCGUCUCCUCCGAUCAAUGUGGACCGAGGCUCACAGCGCAGGGUACAAAGCUGGCGGCGGAACUAAGCCUUCUGUCUGGUACGACCCGGACGCUGUGCUGCCCUCCAGCCUGUUUGCUGCCGGCAUCAUCACCUCUCGAAUCCAGUACAUCACGCCCCCUUGCCCGACGUUCGACGAUCAUCUUGAGGUGCUCGAACUCAACGCUACUUCGAAGUUACUCAAAAGCGUGCGAAUCAUGGGCGAGUGGUUCCAAGAGGCGUUCAAUCUACUCCAGCAACGAAUCCCUCCACACCAUUCUCGCACAGAGGACUUCUGCCGCACACUGUGCGGCAACAUCUCGCACAUGGAAGCUGAUUCUCUGCCGCUGGAGGCGCCGCGUGUCCCCAUCUCGAACCCCCGAGAACUGGCGCGGUUUUUCAGCGAUUCCAUGGAGGUGUACCAGUUCCUCGAGUCCCACAAGCACGAUCACGAUGAGUACACGGUCAGGCAAGCCGCAGCGCUCAACAACCACGGUGAAGGUGCGACUAAGUGGUGGGAACUGACCAGUUUUACUUUACCGUAUUCUUCGUUCUUCUCGUCCAACGACGGCAGGAUGGGCUUGGGGCCAAGUCUCGCACGGGUCGGUGAUCGGAUAGCAGUGUUCAACGGCACGCCCAUGCCCGCGGUGCUGCGGUCUGUGGAUCACGGAACGGGGCAGCAGUACCAGCUAGUGGGGCCCGCCUAUGUGCAUGGCUUGAUGGACGGAGAGGCCUUCCAACUCUUUCCUGACAAGGAGGUGCUGAUCUGUCUGGUUUGA